AUGUUGGAACGAUAUCUCGAGCUGCAACCGGCUGUGGCUGCUGCUCUGCUUAGCCCAGAAGUCCGCCGUAACGCUCGUGAAAUCGACACACUGGACAGCCUGGACAUCCGUGAUGCCGAAGACAUCGUGAAACUCCUCAAACCUUUAAAGACAGUCACCACUGUGCUAAGUGAUGAACAAAACCCAACAGUGUCUCUAAUUGUGCCCUUAAAACACACGAUUGAGCAGAGCAUGUUGCCUGUAGAAGAGGACUCCACCACGGUGAGCAUGAUGAAGAAAGCCAUCUUCAACAAUUUAUCAGACAGAUACACUGGCCCUGGGGACAACCAUCUGCUGGACUGCACUGCAUUAGACCCCAGAUUCCGCUCUCUACCUCAUCUUACUGAAGAUCAGCGCCAGGAUGUGUUCCAGAGGGUGAAGGAGAAAGCUGUGCAGAUACAUAACCAGACCAAUUCCUCUGUGGAGGAAACUAAUGAGGGUGUAACAGACACCGGUGCCUCUACACAUGCAGCAGAGCAGCCUGCUGUCCCAGCAGACAUGGUGGAAUCAGACCUUCAACAACCACCUCUCAAGAAGACUGCAUUGGAAGAUCUCCUAGAAGGGACUUUCACAGAAAGUAUAGGGGUAGCACAGACCAAUCACAUGUGUGGGAUUGAGGCAGAAAUUGUCAGGUACAGAAGUGAAAUGUCUAUUUCCCUCACAAGCUGCCCACUCAAAUGGUGGAAGGAGAACAGUAAGUUUUACCCACUGCUUUCACCUCUAGCAAAGGCUUACCUCACCACACCAGCCACCUCUGUCCCUAGUGAAAGGGUCUUUUCGACCGCAGGGGAUGUUGUAACCUCACAGAGAUCUCAGCUUCGGCCUGAGAAUGUUGACAUGCUGAUUUUCCUCAAGAGAAACCUUAAAGUUUCAAGCUACACAAGCCAGUCUUUCUUUAUUUGAAGAGAUUUUAUGUUUUGAUGUGGGAUUUGUUUUUAAAAAUCCAGUCAUUCUUUGCUAUUAAAGUAAAUAACUACUUAAGACACAAAAACAGUCUUUAACAGUGUUUCUGUGAAGAAAGGACCUCUUUUUUGGUCAAGACUGUAUAUUCUUUUGUUAUUUAAGAUAAUGAAUUACACCAGUUAACACCAGUUUACUUGUCUUGUUUACUUAGAGUCUACUUGUGUUUCUAAAGAAACGAGAUGUUUGACAAGAGUUUCUAUUUUUUCCUAACAAUAAAAGAUCAUUUU